GCGCCGCGCGGGAUGCGCUGAAGGGCAGGCGGCGCGGCGGCGGCGGCGAUGAGUGCCUCUGCGGCCACCGGGGUCUUCGUGCUGUCCCUCUCGGCCAUCCCGGUCACCUAUGUCUUCAACCACCUGGCGGCCCAGCACGAUUCCUGGACAAUCGUGGCGGUUGCUGCCCUCAUCUUGCUCCUGGUGGCCCUGCUGGCUCGUGUCCUGGUCAAAAGAAAACCACCCCGGGACCCACUCUUCUAUGUGUAUGCGGUGUUUGGAUUCACCAGCGUGGUGAGCCUCAUCAUAGGCCUGGAACAGGACGGAGUCAUUGAUGGGUUCAUGACACACUACUUGAGAGAGGGUGAGCCGUAUCUGAACACGGCGUACGGGCACAUGAUCUGCUACUGGGACGGCUCCGCUCAUUAUCUGAUGUAUCUGGUGAUGGUGGCGGCCAUCGCUUGGGAGGAAAGUUAUAGAACCAUUGGCCUCUAUUGGGUUGGAUCUAUUAUCAUGAGCAUUGUCGUUUUUGUGCCGGGAAACAUUGUGGGGAAGUAUGGAGCCCGCAUUUGUCCUGCUUUUAUCUUAAGCAUACCGUAUACUUGUCUUCCUGUCUGGGCUGGUUUCAGAAUCUAUAAUCAGCCAUCAGAAAGUUAUAAUUAUCCCUCAAAGGUCAUUCACGAAGCCCAAGCAAAGGACCUCAUGAGAAGACCAUUGGAUUUAAUGCUGGUCGUGUGUCUCCUCCUCGCAACUGGAUUUUGUCUGUUUAGAGGACUGAUUGCUUUGGAUUGCCCGUCUGAGCUCUGCCGAUUUUACACGCAAUUUCAAGAGCCCUACCUAAAGGAUCCCGCUGCUUAUCCUAAAAUCCAGAUGCUGGCGUAUCUGUUCUACUCUGUCCCUUACUUCGUGAUUGCGCUCUAUGGCUUGGUGGUUCCGGGAUGCUCCUGGAUGCCUGACGUCACGUUGAUGCACGCCGGAGGUCUAGCUCAGUGCCUUGGGAGGCGUUUCUGCAUAUGCAUUUCAUUCAGAUCGCGCUAUAACCAUGUAGCAGUGUGUCACCCGCUGUACAGGUAAGGAAGCUGAGGCCCAGGGAGGUUAGCGAUCUGUCCCAGGUCACACGCCCAGCAAGGGGCCCUGCUGGUUCCCUGGGGUGGUUUCCCUGUCUCUGAACACCAUGGCUACUAACAAGAACGGAGAGCUGUCACCUUGUAGGUGUCUAUCUCACACCAAAGAUGUCAGAAUUCUGUUGUGCUACCCUGCACUGAGCCAGGGAAACCGGGUUGGAGAACAUUCUGCUCCCAGUCAUGCCUCUCUUCCCCCACUACUCAGUCCAGCCCCUGGCCUCUUAGCACAGAACACUUAGUGGGCGUUCAGUGAAUGCUUACUUCAUUGAACUGGAAAUAAAAUUAUCUAUGGAGGUGCAUUCUUACUCAAAGUACAUUUUUACAAGCUAACAGUUGGCAAGACAAACUGAUCUUAUGAACAGGGAAGAAAAUUAUUCAGUAAUUUUAUCUUCACCCCCUCUCACUAUAAAUAAAAAAGAAACAAAUGAAUCUACCUUGUAAAGUCACUCUUGCAUCUU